CUUAACUGCACCUCCGUGUGGAGAGCUCGUCGGGUAGCUUGUACGGGAUGCCGAGUUACGUCUCCAGGAAACCAUCAAAAGAUUCAGGAAGAAGAGUUUACCCGCAUUCGAAGGAGGUAAAAGAGGAUUCGCACCAGGCAUGUCACGUAUGCAGACUCCAAACCACGUGGCCUACGGCGUAGCGGUCAACGACGCCGGUGCGGUAAUGAGUGGCGGGGAUCCUUCGUGGGAAAUGCAACAUCAGCAGCACCUUAAUCCAAAAGUCAACUGGGCACAUUAUAAUAACUCGGACCAUUCGAGCUGGCCUGCCCCGGUGGUGACGGGCAAUCAGGAUGCAGGACCAUACCAAGGUUAUGAUUCCAGUUAUUGGUAUCCAAAGGCCUAUUCUACUGGCCCGUACUCCAACACAUACCCACCCGGAGUGCAUAUCAAUGGCCAUUCCCCUUACAGCCAACAGGGUGUACCCGUCUAUUCCAAUGAUGCUUUCCACCCAGCACAAUAUCCUGGAACUCCACCAUUAUAUACCCAAGGACAUCAUCCAAGUCAUCCAUCUUAUCCUCAGGCACAUCAAGAGGCCAGGCCAGGCCCUUGUGAGUUGGGAGCAGGAGGGCAUUCAGUGCAUCAUCACCCAUACUCAUGCCCACAAAGUCAAGGGGCUCCACAAUAUUCUGGUUCAACUUAUCUCCCUUAUGGCAAUGGUAUGACAGGAGUGUCUCAGAAUCCACCGUAUCAAAACCCUCCACCAUCACAUCCAAGAACACCUGUGGAAACCUGGUCACAUGCCCCUGGAGGAUACGGACCUCCACAGAACCAGUGGCAAACAGUCCCCCAAGCCCCACCUGUUGCGUAUGGAAAUCCUUUUCUACCUCCCCAAUCUAAUUCAUGGCUUCAGGCAGCACCAACAGCACCCCCGUAUGAACCAAAGGAUCCACCUUACUCAACUUUCCCUCCUGACAGCCAGCCAUCACAUCCUGUGGUAUCUAAUCCCAGACCCCUGAACCUUUCUACUGGUCAGGCCAGUGAAUAUAGCUCACCCCCACAACUUUACAACAAGCCUGGAAAAAAUCAGAAGGCCCAGGGUGAACACCAGCAAAAUGAGAGAGACUCUUUACCUCCACAUUUCCAGAAAAGUGACAACCCCGGUGUAGCCCAAAUCCAGCAGGUACUGCAGCGUGUCUUCCAUCUGGAGGAAAGUGUUGAUGAAUUUGUAGGUUAUAAAACAGACAAGAGCUACCGCUGCCUGGAAGAACUUCUCACCAAAGAGCUCCUACAGCUGGAUUCUGUUGAAACUAAUGGUCAGGAAUUGGUCAGGCAGGUCAGGAAAGAAGCGGUGCAGAAAGUUCAGGGAAUUUUGGACAGACUAGAAAAAAAAGCAUUUUGACUUCAGCACAAAAUCAAGCAGUGACACCUGUGUGACACUUAGUGCAAUUAUGAUGACAACCUGUGCCAACCAACUGGACUGCUGAAAACCAUGAAUAGCGACUAUGCUGUCUGCCUGGAGCAGUUAAUGGUUUAAAAUGACCACUAGCGAUUAAGCUGGCAGUUGGUUGAUUCCGUCACUUUUCUUCUUUACUGCACAUGUGUACUUUCUUGUUCUGCACUUAAUUUAUGUUUGUCACUCGUUGUCCACAAUCAGUUUUAGCCUUUUUAAAAUGAAUCAUAGAAAUUCUUUGAGUAGCAAUAAGCAGACCCUAAUCAUUCAGAUAACUGUUUCCUUUGAUCAGUGGAUCUAGUAAGUUGUUUUGUUUUUUUUUUUUAAAUAAGAAAUAAAUAUAUACACAAAGUGUGUGCGUG